AUGGAUACGGACGACUGCGAAAAGAAGAGUACGUAUACGGAUGACGAUAUUACUUCAACUAUAUCAACUGUAGAUUUAAAAAGAAAGUUUUCAAAUAUAUGUGACAUCGAAAACGAUCAAUGUCGAAUUUUGAGCGUUAUUUCAGACGACGUUUCCGAACCGCUCACGUGGGAACUUAAACGGGCGUUGAUAGGAGAAAACAUACAUUAUCCAGAGUGUAGUUAUCCGCCAAAUAGCAGACGGUCGGCACCGAGCAAAAAUCAACAAGUCAAACGAUUAUCGUUAUCUGAUUAUCUUUUGUCGUUAGACGAAUUUUCGACACAUUCCGUAAUAUGUUUAGACGGCGUAAACGGUUCUGGAAAGAGCACGAUCGCCAACAAUACAAAUCGAACUUAUAUAAAAACUAAUAUGAUAUGCCCCGAUUUGACCAGAGGUUCUGAUUAUAACUUUUAUAUUUUUCAUGCUUUUGAAUACCUUUUACUUCAAAUAAAUUAUUAA